AAGGGAUCGGUUCAGUCUGAGCUCGGCUACUCCCGGGCGCGUUUGCACUCCGGCACACGCUCACGGCGCCGGGAGCGGGAGGAGGGAGAGCACCUCCGUCUCCAUCAGCCAGAGCACCUGGACACCUGGCCCCGCUGCUCGCUCGGAUCUGCCUGUACCCGCUGGAGGAGCAGUGGGGUGGGGUGGGGAGAGAGCUGUGCCCCCCAGGGCCAGCAGAGACACUGACCUAGACAAACUUUUUUUUUCUUUUUUUUUUUUUUUUUAUUAUCAUUUUAUUUUACCAGCUCCAAUUUAGCCCAGGAUCUUUUAACUGCUGCCAGCGGUGGAGCACAGAUCGGGAUUAGAUCUUUUCCUCCCCUAUUCCCAAGAUCCUCGUCCCAAGCAGCCACCAUGGGAAGUAAGACUCUACCGGCCCCAGUGCCUAUCCAUCCUUCCCUCCAGCUCACCAACUACUCCUUCUUGCAAGCAUUCAAUGGGCUGCCCGCUGUGCCCUCUGAUCACCUCUCCAACCUCUAUGGCUUCAGCGCCCUUCACGCCGUACACCUGCACCAGUGGACUUUGGGGUACCCAGCCAUGCAUUUGCCUCGUUCCUCCUUCUCCAAGGUGCCCAGCGUGUCGAGCCUAGUGGAUGCACGUUUCCAGCUGCCCACCUUCCCACUCUUUCCACACGUCAUCCAGCCCAAGCAAGAGGCCACUAAUGUGACCCUCAAAGCCAAACCCCGCUUUGAUUUUGCCAAUUUAGCAGUGGCUGCCACACAAGAGGACCACUCUAAACUGGGACAGGUGGACAGCCAGGGCUCCCCCCCAGGGCUGGGGUCUUUACUUGAGGUGACUAAACUCUCUCCAGAGAAGAAACCCACACGGGGAAGGUUACCGUCUAAAACCAAGAAGGAGUUUGUGUGUAAAUUCUGUGGCAGGCACUUCACCAAGUCCUACAACCUUUUGAUCCAUGAAAGAACCCACACUGACGAACGACCCUACACAUGUGACAUAUGCCACAAGGCCUUCAGAAGACAGGAUCACCUGAGGGAUCACAGAUAUAUCCAUUCUAAAGAAAAGCCUUUUAAGUGUCAAGAAUGUGGGAAAGGAUUUUGCCAGUCCAGAACGCUAGCUGUCCACAAGACACUGCACACGCAAGUAAAGGAACUGAAACCUGCCAAACUUAAGUGCUGAAUUUCCAGCUUCUAUGAACUUCUCCUCCCCUUCAGACUUUACACCAAAACCAGAAAAAAAAAAAAAAAAAAAAAAAAAGACAAAUCAAACAAACCCUGUCAGGAUGGGAGCACAGAACUUUUUGUGUUUUGUUUUUGUUUGUACUUUAAAAAGAGCAAAAUCCCCCCUGGCAACCCACUUCUUCAGCCAUGGGUAAAAAGGAUACUUGGCAUUUAAAAUAUACACGAAUGAUGCAGAAAGUGCUAUGUGAUUUGCGUGGUUUUCAUAAACUUUAUGCCAAAAGGUGGUGCUCACGUGUUGAACAGAAAUCUGUUCAAAACCAAACAAAAACCCACCAAAAAAAAACCAAACAAACCAACAAACCCACAAAAAUACUCCCACAGAAAAUCCUAACAACCCUCCACCCCACCUGAAAUCGUAGCUUCCAAAAGUAUUACUUAAAAAGAAAAAGAAAAAAAAAACAACUCUUAUUUUAUACUUUUUUUUUUUUUUGACUGUAUAAAGCUUCUUAUUUUUACACUUCAGGAAAUACAGAGAAUUCCAGAAGAUGAUUAAGAACUGAAACCAUGGUUUCUCACCACAGCACCAUUAGGACAAGGAGAAGGGCGACUUGCUAUUUUGUUUUCUUAAAAGGAGAAGAAAAUUAAUGUUUGGAAAUGACCUAAAACUCUCAAGUGAGGAGUCCUAUAAAGUGAUGGAAAAUGAAUCCAGAUCUUAGACCCUCAGGUCACUGGUGUCAGGACAAAUCAGUGUUCUUGGGACAUGGAGAUCUUUAUUUUUGCCUUGCGGUCUAGUGUGCUGCGAGGAGGUUUGUAACUCGUGGACUUAUUUAAAAAAUCCCAAAGGAAAGAAAGAUGGCAAUAUGUCAAACUGAUGGUAUGCACAACGUGGUUUUAGUGGUACUUUAAAGUCUUCAUGCAUCUUAAUGAGACAGAACAAAUCUCAACCUGAGAGCAUAUUUUUCUAAAUGCUGGCUUUCUGAACAGUGUAUUCAAAUUAAGAGACAUUCCAAUAAGUUUUGUUUAUUAAAAAAAAAAAAAAAAAGUUGUAUGGCUGUUUGGCACUUUAUGCUGAUUAUUGGUAAUUGACAUUUAUCACUGGAUUGUGUGUGUUUUUUAAGUAUUAAAAUAAAUCGUUAUUUUACAGGCA